AUGGUGUAUAAUAUAGCCCCUGUGCUAGGACAACUGGAAGACUACGACAUCACAAAGACCUCUGCUAGAAUCAGGAUCCUGCUCGACGCUUUAGAGCCACUCACUUUGGAAUCCAUGGUGGACUUCUCGACUGGAGAAGAAGUUCCUAUCACCUUUCAGUACGAGAAAAUUGCGAACUUCUGCAAAAACUGCAACAUGCUUACUCAUACAUCUCGUUACUGUACCAGGAAAGCGCCAAACCAGAGUUUGAAUGUUCAACAAAACUCUCACUACUCUGAAAGCCAUAGAGAUCUACAUGUGAGUCGACGACACUCCUCACAGUCGGACAGACAAGUGCUUUACUCUCCCAGACUACCACCACCUGUCAGAGCAAAUAGCAAGGGGGAUGAGACUUUUCACCAAAGGGUGGACCGCCACGGUAGAUAUUUCGGUGACAGAGUAACUUCUGAAAUUUCUCUAGUACGACCUCUUAAGAACAAGAUUACUCCAGAUAAUUCCAGCGGGUCUCCUCCUAAGUUGGUGCAGGGACGGUUAAUUCCAACAACUGAAGAAGUACUUGGGGAGUUGAGGGAGGUUACCUUACAGUAUGUGCACUGCGUGGAUCCCAUUGAGAGUGCGGCUAGACGACGCAGGGUGAUCCAGGAUGAAGCAGACUUGAUGACUAACACUGCGGCGAGCAUUGUGGCCGCAGCAACUGCAUCGCUUACCCAGCAAGCUAUCACCUUGAGGGACGUCCCAGACACUAUUCUCCUCCCUAACUCUGAGGAACCUCAACCAAUAUUGGGACCCCUAGGGUCAAGUAGUGGACUGGCCGUGGGCUCAAAAACAUCCUCUACUACAGGAGCCAAACGGCGAGGUCGACCACCUGGAGCGAAGAAAACACGUAUUAACUCGAUGAGUAUGGGAGGUAGUGCGAAGAAGAUGAUUUUCUCGAAGGUGCAGGCAUCACCAGCAAGAACAAACUCUACUCCGUCGAGUGCUAGGAGAGCUAGAGCUACCACUUCAUCAUCCUCCGAUAUACCAAAAGCUGCUGCUCCAUUGAAUAGCCCGAAGAUCCCUUCGAACAAUCCGGGUUUUCACAACCCCGGAAGUCCUCUUCCUUAG